AAAAAUGUAUUCUUGCUUCAAGGAAGAGAAAAAAACGAGUAUUCUUGGCGAGAAAGCUUUCUUAACAUCGCUCCUUCUUUUAUCAGUCUUCCAUUUGAUCCUUCAUCAAUUUUACUGGAACACUGCAACUGCAAAGAGAAAAUCGGAAGAGGUUAAGCCCUAAGCCAUGAGUCGUGGAAGUGGAGGCGGAUACGAUCGUCACAUCACAAUUUUCUCUCCCGAAGGCCGUCUAUUUCAAGUUGAAUAUGCAUUUAAGGCUGUCAAGGCUGCUGGAAUUACUUCUAUUGGUGUUCGGGGUAAAGAUUCAGUUUGUGUCGUGACCCAAAAGAAGGUUCCGGAUAAGCUUCUGGAUCAAUCAAGUGUCUCACAUCUUUUCCCUAUAACAAAGUACCUAGGGUUGUUAGCAACAGGCAUGACAGCUGAUGCCAGAACCUUGGUUCAGCAAGCGAGGAAUGAAGCAGCCGAGUUUCGUUUUAGAUAUGGAUAUGAGAUGCCGGUGGAUGUAUUAGCUAAAUGGAUAGCUGAUAAAUCGCAAAUCUAUACUCAGCAUGCUUAUAUGAGACCACUUGGAGUAGUUGCCAUGGUUUUAGGUAUUGAUGAUGAGUUUGGACCUCGGCUUUACAAAUGUGAUCCAGCUGGUCAUUUCUUUGGUCACAAGGCUACGAGUGCUGGUUUAAAAGAGCAGGAAUCAAUCAAUUUCUUGGAAAAGAAAAUGAAGAACGAUCCAGAGUUCACCUAUGAAGAGACAGUACAGACUGCAAUUUCAGCCCUCCAAUCGGUUCUGCAGGAGGACUUCAAGGCAAAUGAGAUUGAGGUUGGAGUGGUGAGGCAAGAAAAUCCUGUGUUUAGAGUGUUGACGACUGAGGAGAUCGACGAACAUUUAACUGCAAUAAGUGAACGUGACUGAAUAUAGAGGCAUGUUGGAGGCCAAACCAUGAGGAGGAAUGGUAUCAUUAAAUGUUGUUGAAGGCUUUAGUAACAUCAGAUUAUUGCUUGUUUAGAGCAUAAAAAAAGGCGCACUCACAAUAUCCGGAAGAAAUGCGGCCUGCCUUCAUCCCUUUCCGCCUACUUUUCCUUUAGUUUGCUUCCCAAUCGUAGCUGUAGACGUUUCUUCUCAACACAAUGGCCCCUUCUGUUGUUGUAUUUUGCUAUUUUGGAUUUCUUUUUAAUAGCUGUUGCGUUGCUCAUCCGAUAUAUUACUAUGCCCCCAGCAUUUUGUUUAUCAUAUUCUUAUAUACGUGAGCGUAGAGUGUAAAAGUUUAGCUUAUCAAUAAUUGGUAUGACCUUCAUCUUUUGAGGUUGAAUACUCGAUCCUCAAUCUCUCAAUGUCAUACUUAAAAAA